AUGGGGCAAAGUGAUGCCACCAACGUAUUCGCGCAGUCCACGCUUGCCUGCGAGCACAGCGCCAUGUCGCUGGAGGCUCCUGAACCCGCGAUGCCAGCUCCCGGAUUCUUGCACCAAGCGCCGGUCAUGCAGUUGUACGCGCCUUCCCCAGUGUUCGCAGGCCCCGUCAUGUUGCCGACGGCUCCUGGCCAAGUCGCACCUACCCAAAAGCUCCAACAGCAGGUGUGCUAUGCGCUACCAUACUCGACGACGCCUUCCAUCGGCCUGCAACCCGGGCAACAGUACUUUGAGCAAUUGUCGGUGCAGCUCUCGACAUCGUAUGGGGGGGCACAUCACGCCCAAUCACCCUACAGCAGCUCGUAUCCAAUGAACAACGCGGUGAACAACGCGCCGGCAUGGCACUUUUACAGCACUUACGGUGCACCGGUGUACGGCAGUCCCUACGCUCCAACUCACGAUCUUCCUCCCGCCUACACCGUGCAUCCUCCCACUCCGAUCCACGACAUGAGCAACCAUCCCUCUCCGCACGCCGGUCCUCCCUGCACUAGCACAGCGAGGCCACAACCGCAAAGCCAAUACCAGAACCAGAAUCAGAACCGAUCGCGCUCGCCGUACAUGCACAGCCCGUACAUAGAGCGUGGCCGUCCGCGCGUCGACUCGAAAGACGACAAGCAGCAGCCCGCACCGCCGCACCCUCCACCCACAGGCUACGGGCGCUCGUUCGCAGACACGCAGCAUGCUUCGCUGCGAGGCACGGCCCAACAAGCGCCAUCGCCUCUUCUCACGCGCAACAACGCGCCCUCUCCGCGUUUGCCGCCUUCGCCGUUUCCAACGCAUAGUGCCGCGCCUAGCUUACAUCCGCCGCUGAGUGCCACGACGCAAGCGCCGCCACCACCCUAUCCCGCGCACUCCAUUCCGCCCUCACCACGUUCAUACAUGCUGCCGGCACACCUGCAACCAAUUAAAGAUGGUCGCUGCGUCCCGCCACCCAUCCCACGCCCUCACGAAGUCCCCGAACCGGUGUGGGAGCUGUGGAUGGGCGUCGCGCUGAACCAGUUCAUGAACGAGCAGCCGGAAACGGCGUACCAGCAAGCAGUGCGUCAAAUCCGAUCACAGGUCAAGUGGGAGGAAUGGAAGAAGUGGGAGAUGUACAAGGAGGAGCGGCUGGGGCCGCGGCAGAACGCGCAGCUGCAGAGGCGGGAUACGCGGGUGAGGACAGGGGGUCAGGAUCAGGCGCGUAGCAUGACCAUGGCCAUGAGCGAUGCAGACGGCAAGGUGGAGAUGUUUCAUAAGGCAAGCUUUCCGGACAUGGCGGUGCUUGCGGCGGAGGAGGAGCGGACGGUAAAGAAGAGUAAGAUGCAGCAACAGUCGCCGGUGGCGCCGUAG